AUGGCACCUCAAAUCAAGAACGUUGCGGUCGCUGGCGCCGGCGGAAACGUAGGCACGCCCGUCGUCAAAGCCCUCAUGGACACCAACAAAUUCAACAUCACGAUCCUCACCCGUAAGGCCGAAGGCCACAACUUCCCCUCCGGCGCCACCGUCAAAGAAGUCGACUACGACUCCCUCGACUCCCUGACCUCGGCCCUGCAGGGGCAAGACGCCCUCGUCAACGCCACGAGCUCCUUCGACCCCAAAGCCGCCACCCGCGUCGUCGACGCCUGCAUCGCCGCCGGCGUCUACCGCUACAUCCCGCCCGACUUCGGCAUCGACCCCGUCAAGGCCCACGUCCCGGAGCUCCCCGUCUUCGGCAUCAAGGGCAUGACGCACAAGUACAUGCAGGCCAAGACGCAGGAGACGGGCGACAAGUUCACGUGGAGCAUCAUCGCCAACGGGCCGUUCCUCGACUGGGGCAUCCGGUCGACCUUCAUGGGCUUCGACGCCAAGAGGAAGAGGAUCACGUACCACAACGACGGGGAGAACGUCGUGCCGUACACCAACCUCGGCGACGUCGGACGCGCCGUCGUCGGGACGUUGCUUCACCCCGACGAGACCGCGAACAGAAUUGUUUACGUUCAUACCGUCAACAAGUCGCAGAAGCAGCUGGCGGCGCUCGCGAAGGAGGCGAUUGGUGGGGAGUGGGAGGAGACUACGAUGGAUGUGGACGUCAUUUAUGCCAGCUGCAUGGAGUCGAUCAAGAAGGGUAUCCUGACGCCCGAUGUCAUGAUUCCGCAGAUCUUGUACGCGUGUACGAAGAAGCAGUAUGCGGCCCCGUGGGAGAAGAGUGACAACGCUCUCCUUGGCGUCAAGGAAUGGAGUGACGAGGAUGUCAAGCAAUUGUUCAAGACGGUUAACUCAGAGUAA